UCUCCUUCAUGGCCGCGCAGCUUCCUGUAAUGGGAGGAGCCUUUAUGGACUCACCCAACGAGGACUUUAGUACAGAGUACUCCUUGUUUAACUCAUCAGCCAACGUCCAUGCAGCUUCUUCCAUGCAGAAUCCGCCAGAAGAGACGUCCCGUUCUUCAAAUGAUGCCAUAUUAUUAUGGAUUGCAAUAAUUGCAACAAUUGGAAAUAUUGUGGUUGUGGGAGUGGUGUAUGCCUUCACCUUCUAGGAUGACUGACACACUGACCACAGGAAGCAAAGAUAACUGCAACAGUAUUUGUUGUGUGUAUGUAUGUAUGUGUGUGUUUAUAUAUAUGUAUAUCUAUAUAAAUACAUAUAGGGACUUUGUUGAUUAAGUUCUGCCACAGUCAAGAAAAUGAAAUGUAAAUGAAUCACCUUGAAUCUUGAUGGCAGAAAGCUUGGUUGCAAUUGAAAAUUGUAUGGAGAUGAGAGCUUUAGUCAUGAACAGACCCAAUCCAUGUUUUGUAUAAAAAUGUAAUGAAAGAGAGGCCAGCGUGGGUACGGUAAAUACAAAAAAAAAGUGAGAUUUAUACAGAAAGUUCUUAUUUUUUACUAUUUAGAUUUUUCUAGCAGCUCUUCUGGGUUUUGUCAGCUUUUUUGUGUCCUUUUUUACUGUGCUUUUGAUCGGUAUAAUGCUGUAUGAAAUUGCUUUAAUCUU